CCCAUCUGAGCCCAGACUGAGUCACACACAUCUGAGCUCCAACUGCAGCACACAGAGAUGUUGUGAGUCGUUGCAGUCAUGUGUGACCUCCGCCCUCCGGCCUGUCUGUGGUGCGCUCUUCUGUCUGUGGCCGUGUCCCUGGAGCUCCGCGUCGCCUACGUCACACACAAUGGUCUGUAUUAUUACUCCUGCGAGCGGGAGCCUCCUCCCUGCAUCCAGCCCGCGCUCUCAGACUGCAGCUCUGAGGAUCUGCAGCUGUCGUCUCCUGCUCUUCAGGUUCUGCGCCUCACCGUGUGGUACACCUCCGCCUCCAGCACGGCGCGACUCCUCAACAACUCCGUGGUGAAACAUCUGACUCUGAUCCGCUGCGGGGCGGGGGCACCUCGAGGAGCCGCCCCUCAGGACGCUCUCGGCCCGGACGGAUACUUCGCGGUGCAGCAUCUGGAGUCGCUGACGGUGGUGAAUCUGCAGAGGAAGCCCAUCCUGGAGGAGGCCCGGAGCGAGACGGAGAACGAAGCAGAUCUGAGCACGUUCAACAACAGAGUGACGGACACACAGCAGGACCUCAACACGGACGCAAAGAGAGAGUUCUUUCCUCCGCAGACUCAGGACCUGUUCCUCGGGCGGGAGAUGGGCGCCGCGUUCCACGAGCAGGUCAGACUGGGGGUCAUUUACAGCUCGGUGCUGGACUCCGGGGCAGAGGUCAAAGCUUAUACUGUCCAGACUCACAUCGGCCGAGACGGACUCCUGCCUUUCCCCGAACUGCACCUGCCCCACCUGGAGGAGGCCUCCACCAUCUACGUCAGCUUUGUGUACUGACCCCGCCCCCUCAAACACACAGAGACACAGAGACACACACAGAGACACACAGAGACACACAGAGACACAUAGAGACAGACACACACAGACACACACACCCCGACACAUAGAGACACACACAGACACACAGAGACACACACAGAGACACAGAGACACACACAGAGACACACAGAGACACACAGAGACACACAGAGACACAUAGAGACAGACACACACACCCCGACACAUAGAGACACACAGAGACACACACAGACAUACAGAGACACAGAGACACACACAGAGACACACAGAGACACACAGACACACACAGAGACACACAGAGACACACAGACACACACAGAGACACACAGAGACACACACAGACACACACAGAGACAGAGACACACACAGAGACACACACACACACAGACACACAGAGACACACACAGACACACACACCCCCACAGACAGAGACACACACACACACACAGACACACAGACACACACAGACACACACACAGAGACACACAGACACACACACACACAGACACACAGAUACACACACACACACACAGACACAGAGACACAGAGAGACAGACACACACAGACACACAAAGACACACACACACACACAGAGACACACCCACACACACACACCCUGGUUUCUAACUGUACAUUGCCUCUUAACAGUGUGUGUGUUUUAUUUGUGUGUCUUGUGUCUCUGCCAACGACACAUUUAUAUUUCUGUUUCCUCCAGGGGCAGAUCCUCGGUGGAUCCGCCAUAAAAGAGGCGUGUCAAAGAAACGUUAUAAAAGCUCAAAUAUGAACUUUAUAUCUGCACAUUCUGCUCUGACACUGCUCCUCAUUAUUACAUAAGUCAGUUUACAUCUCUCCACAAAUGAUUCAACAAACCAGAAUGAAGACAAACAGUUUCACAGAUGAACAGAUGAACAGCUCAGUCUCUGUUUGGAUUCAGUUUGUUCAGACGAAACUGUCUCAUGUCUCACCACCAGAGGGCAGCACGUGCCUUUAGAAAAGAGCAGCAUUUACACAGAACGGGACUCUAUAAAGACUCAGUGUGUCCAGCCUGUGUGUGCCAUGGACUGUGUUUAUAUAGAGUCUAUAUAUAGAGUCUAUAUAGAGUCUUUAUAUAGAGUCUGUGUUUAUAUAGAGUCUAUAUAUAGAGUCUAUAUAGAGUCUUUAUAUAGAGUCUGUGUUUAUAUAGUCUGUUUGUUUAAUCCUUGACUCGUCCAGGUCUGAUCUCAGGGUCUGUGGAUCCAGACUGACCUGGAGCUGCAGAGUUGUUUUCGUUUGUUCCUGUUUCAUUUUAUAAAAAGUGCAAUUUAAAAGUUAAAAUGUCCAUUUUCUAUGAAGAUGUAAAAUUGUCUUUAUGAAGCGUAAUUUAUUUACAGGUAAAACAC